AUGCUCGUGGUGAGGAAGGAAGCUGAGUGGGGGAGCAUCCUCCUUUUCUCUUCCAUCCCCCACCAUGCGCCUCCCUGUUUGCCUGCCGCCCACGUCACUCCUCUGCGCCGGGUGCUGUGCAGGUCCUUGUGGGAGCAGGGUGGACCUGGGGCUCCUCAGCAGACAGGUAGUCUUCUGAAUUCUCAGGUAGGCAGUGGGAGAGUCCCUGAAGGUGUGGGUCUGGAGAAGAGCAGGACCAGAUCUCAUCAGAAAAUUGAAGACUCAGAAGAGAGCAGUGAUGAAAUUCUUGCCCGUCUAACGUCUGCGGUGCAGAGAGAGCUCGCAGCUGUUAUUGCUUUGAAAGCGAGGAAGUCUGCACUUGCACAAGACGAAGAGAACAGUGACAAACAGGUGACCGUGACGGAGGCUGAAGGUGCUGCGGAUCCUCAGGCUGGCAUGAUGUGCAAACUUCAGGAGAGAGAUGAUAUUGGGCGAAUCGAACUGGUCCAGAAGCUGGCAAGAGACAACUGUCAGUUUUUGCAGACGGACAAAAAAGAACAGGAGAAAUCUGAACACCAGGAUGAUGAAGUGACGACUGUUGAGGUGAAAGAGCAGGACCAGAAUGUCCUGGUGCUGAAGAAAGUGCAGAGCUGCGGCCCAGCCCCCCAGGCGGGGAGCGCCGAGAGCGAUUGGAGAUACGUGGUCGUGUCCGGGACCCCGGAGAAGAUCUUGGAGCACCUUUUGAAUGACUUGCACCUGGAAGAAGUCCAGGACAAAGAAACAGUAAAUGGACGCAUGGAGAUCCCAGCAGACGCUUGGAAGGAUUUUGAAAGGAUAGCUCAGGGAGCUGGAGCAAUAUGGAGCCGGGUGGAGCCAUAUGGUGGUCGUCCACAUGGCCCCAGUGGCAGUGAGGGAGAAAG